AAAUAACCCCUAGCUGUCAUAACGGGCACGUUCCAUCGGGAACAAAGCCGCGUUGGCUUGAUCAAAUGGUUCCGUAACGUGUUCUCGCCCUGUGGUCUUAAUAGUGGUAUAACAAGCUGGGUUUCUGUAGUUGUGUUUAUAUGUGUGCGAGCCAGUUCAGAGGUAUGUUCCCGACUUGUUAAUAAAACACGAGGCUAUCAGAACAUUGACCCCCUCAAAUUAAUUUAAUUAUUAUAUUUCUACGGGAUGCUUGGGUUUUGAAGCAUUACGACGAUGAGGUGUUCUGCCGGCUCGCUUUCCCUUAUCAAUGGCUGCCACUCACCCUCCUCUCUGUGACGGUACCUCAGUCCUUCAAACCUUGCUUCUUACAGUGGGUUAUCAUGAAAGUCAUGUUGUUGCAGCCGAUUGUAUUCCUGGGAUGGCAAUGCAGCUCUCGGCUAACGACUCUCGUGACGCUUGGACCUGGUUAGCCGGCGACCUCUCGGCCUAUGACACCUCCGCACGACUUCGUCCUGCGAUCCCGCCACGGAUUCGUCGACGCUUAUUGCCUCGCGACGAUUGCGACGUAUGCGGCUGUAGCUCGUCAAGCUCGAAUUGAGAGCUGUCACGGCGAAGGCUCGCGUUCAUUCGGCGCGUUCCUCGGCCUGCAUUCUAGCUAGUCUGUCUGCUCAGACUACGGCCUCGGGCUGAAUACCUGCCUUGACUCCGCU